AUGAAUACAAAAAUUGAGACUAUACCUGUACUUUAGGAGAAAUGCAAAUAUCAUUAAAAUGAAUAAGCAAAUUUAAUUUGUCUAACAGUAGGAUGUUUAAAUUAAGGAUUCUUCUGUUUUGAAUGUAAAAAUCAUCAUGAAGGUCAUAAUGUAAUAUAAGGGAUAGAAUUCUUUGAUACAUUAAAGUAAUUAGUAAGUUUUGAUGGAUAAUAAAAGUCAUCUAAUAAUGUGAAUUAGGUAUCAGCAAGAAUAGUAACAGCGAUGUUAACAGCAAUAGAUGAAUUGGAAGCAUUAAAUUAAUACUUUUCAGAAAUAUUGGGUUCAAUUAGAUUAUAAUUUGAGAAAUAUUGUUAGAUAUCGAAUGAUGUGAAUGUGAUAAACAAUUUUUUGAUAUUUUGUUAGAAGGAGACAACAGAGACAUAAUAAUUUAAGGAUAAAUUUGAAGAAUGUUUAAAGAGAUUAUGUUUAAAGUUACAAAAAUUAUAAAUAAAAUCAACAGUGACAUGUUAAUCGAAUUCUUUAUUUGUCCCAGAUGAGAGAUUAUUUUAGGAAUAUUUAGAACCAUUAAUAUCUACAUUGAAAGGUAUAAGAUUAUAAGCAGAAUCUAGUUUUACAAAACCACUUUAUUAUAAUAAAUUAGAUUUAAGUUUUAAAAAUGGAUUAGUACCAUAAAUUAAUUAAUUUUUUGAACCUGUAGUAUUUGAAACAGAUUAACCAAAAGAAGAAGAUAAAGUAUUAGAAAAAUUAUGGAUGGAUAAGAAUGAAACAAUGAGAAAGAUGUUAUUAAUGAAAUAGCGUACAAAAGAAGAAUAGGUAAUAGAAGAUGAACCAUAUUCAUAUGGUAAUGGAAGAUUAGAAAAAGUAUUUGCUGUUGCUGGAUCUAAAGUUUGGUUUCUAGAUUUUAUUUAUAGUAAAUUUAAACCAACAUCUAAACAUUCUAAAAUUGAACCUAAAUAAGCAUGUGUUAUUUGUAAAUGUCAUUAAAAGUUUGCUAGAAUUAAUGAAUUUUUAAAUUGUAAAUAUGGAGAUUUAUAUGGACCAUAUCAUUUAGAAGCUAGAUUACUUGAUAGUUUUAAAAUGGCAUUUGAUAAAAGAACUAAUAAAGAUUAUUUAAUUGAUAGAGGUGGUCUCUAUUUUCAUGAUCUUUGUGUUUAUUGGUCAUCUUUAGUAGAGUGUGAUGAAAAAAAAGGAACUAUUGAUUUUGAAUCUUUAUAAGAAGCAGUCAAAAUAUCAUAAGAAACUUAUUGUUAUCUUUGUAAAAGAAAAGGACCAACUCUUAAAUGCAAUAAUGAAAAUUGUUAAAUUUGGAUUCAUUAUUAUUGUUGGAAAGAAUUAGAACCAUCUUAAUAAUAUUUAGAUAAUCAAAAAUUUAGAAUGCUAUGUUAUUAACAUGUACCAGCUAAAUAUCGAAAACCAGCAUGGGCUUCUUAAAAUUUACUUUUAGAUGAUCAACAAUUAGAAAAAAGAGAAACUAAAGAAUUUAGAUAAAGUCAAUUUGUUAAAUUGAUAAAUCAAGAAUCAGCAUAAUCAAGGUAUAUCUAAAAACUAGAACUUUAGGCAACCAAAUAACAAUCUGAUGAAUGAUUUAUUUAUUAUUUUAUUAUUAAUAAUAUUCACACUCUAUUUUCAUCUCUUUUUUUUAUUAAUUAUCUAUUUAAUCUUUUUCACAAAAACUUUACAUUAAUUCUUAAUUUUUCAUUUUAUAAUCAUUAUAUAAAAAUUUCUCAAUAAACUAAUUAGAACUGUUUUAUUUAUUUUAAUAAACUAUAAUCUUUUAUUUAAAGAAGUUAUAAUUAUCAUUUAUAUUCCUUUAAAGUUUAUUUUAUCUCAUAUAUUGUUAGUUAUAGUUCUUAAAAUAGCUCUAGUUAGCUCAAAAAAGUUUAAAUAACUUGAACUUAUUUUAGAUGAAAGAAAUUUUUAGGUAUUUUUAAUUUAUAAUUUAUAGAAAAAAUAUAACAUCUUAUUUAAAUUAUUUAAUUAAGCCUUUGGAUGUAUUAUUUUUUUAAAUUCUAUAGAGUUGAUGAAAUUUAAAUUCUCCUGA